CGCUGGUGCCGCUGCCGUCGGGGUCGGGGCCGCUGGCGCCCGCGGGCCGGCAGCAGCACUGCACGCAGGUGCGGACCCGGCGGCUGAUGAAGGAGCUGCAGGACAUCGCGCGGCUCAGCGACCGCUUCAUCUCGGUGGAGCUGGUGGACGAGAGCCUCUUCGACUGGAACGUGAAGCUGCACCAGGUGGAUAAGGACUCGGUGCUGUGGCAGGACAUGAAGGAGACCAACACGGAGUACAUCCUGCUCAACCUCACUUUCCCUGACAACUUCCCCUUCUCACCGCCCUUCAUGAGGGUGCUCAGCCCCCGCCUGGAGAACGGCUAUGUCUUGGACGGCGGAGCCAUCUGCAUGGAGCUGCUCACCCCCCGCGGCUGGUCCAGUGCCUACACCGUGGAGGCCGUCAUGAGGCAGUUUGCGGCCAGCUUGGUCAAGGGGCAGGGCCGUAUCUGCAGAAAAGCUGGCAAAUCAAAAAAGUCAUUCAGUCGAAAGGAAGCUGAAGCAACGUUUAAGAGUUUGGUGAAGACCCAUGAAAAAUAUGGGUGGGUCACCCCGCCCGUCUCUGAUGGCUGAUGUUACCAACCUGCACUUGACAAAAAUGCUGAACAAAAGUACUGUGACAUCUCCUCAGUGCUGUACACCGCCCAUCCUUUUCUACUUCAGCUUCAGUUACAUACCAUGAAUGUCAAGGAGAUAUCUAAGUUAUUUAUGAACAGAUGUGUUUACAGAGGAAGAGAAAAAACAAAAUGCUGUGUAGGAUUAUAUUUCAAGACUGGAGAAUGGUCAUCAUUGAAGUCACUUGAGCGGAUGCUGAGAUUGCGUCAUUUGCCCCCAUACAGCCCCCAUUGUCUUCAGCUUCUUUCCAUGACAGCAGCACCAAACAGUAGUACUGGAAAGUCUAUCCAUUACUGCUCAGUUCAUUUAAAUGUAAAUGAAACAGUUAAUAUUUAAUAGGGAAGCAGUGCAUUGCAGGUACAUGUUUGCUGUGCUGUUUAUCUUUGUCUCCUAGCAGGUCAACAUAACUUGAAGAUUUGUCUUUAUGUGGAACUGUGGUCUGCUGUGACUAAAUUUAGACCUCAUUUGUGCUCUAUAUAUGACCUUUAAUUCAUAAAUGAAACCAGAAUUAAAAUGCUGAAAGGUCCUAAUGUUGAAAAAUUAUUAAGUGGAAUCACCCAACCGGUUACAAUGUGCUAUCUAUGCUGAUAUUGUGAUGUGCUGUUCAGAAAUAAACCAGUGCAGUUAGCUGAAGGUUAGGUGGUUUUUUUAAACACAUCCACGCCAGGGCUUGGAGUGGUUGGUUGGUGGUAGCAGAACCAUUAUUAGCCUGCCGGUACCUUCUGCAGUAGCAUGUGGCCUGUCAGUUCUUCAACAUGGCAAAACAAACAAAUGGAAAUGGACAAAGCAACCUUAAAAAUUAUCUGCUUAAUUUUAAAAUGAUAUGCCAGUGACAGAGUAAAAAUUUUCAAGUCAAAUGGAACUUGAUUUGUAAGAUGAUUUGCAUGACUGGAAUUUUCUUUUUUAUUUUCACUCAAUAGACAUUGUAUGUACUUAGAGCCCAGUAUCUGAGAAAACCCGCUGAUGUAUAUAAAUGUCCUAUUAUUUAAUCAUUAAGGUUUAAGUUUUCUGGUAAACAAAUUGAAAAAACUUUCUAAGGGACUCCAUAAAAGCUGAAGGUAAUGUUUAGAAUGGUAUAAGAAAAGCAUUAAAAAAUGUGGAUUCCGAAUAGAAAAUCGUAUUGGACACAUGCUGAAUAAAAUCACCAGUAUCAUUUC